CAGUUCCCAACCCCUCUGACACGUGACCGCACAUCCAAAAACACUUAAAAGACUCGGGAUAGCAGCCGAAUUCCCAUUUCCCACAUGAAUGAUUUCACACCACUACCUCAAGACAUCGUCCCGGGAGCGGACACAUAGAAGAGAAAAGCGUCACGGGUUUCUACACUGCUAUGAUAUCCAUUCACUAACCAUAUGAAAAGCGCAGCCUGUAUAACAAACCGCUGUAGUCUCACCGCAUUAUUUCUAUCAAGUCAAUAAUAUGGCAUUAAGAAUCCGAGAUUUCGGCAGUAACGUUUUACUCGGAUGUGUUCUCAUUUUAAGCACUGCACCGUGUCCUGUCGGUGCUUACCUCUACAACAACCGCUACGUCGGUGAUCAGGUGUUCAGAAUAAACCCUGCAAGCAACAUAGAGGUUCAAGCAGUCAAACAACUUCUCCUCAACCUGACGGUAGACCUUUGGCAGCCCAACAGUGCAUCACUGAUUCAUGCGAACAGCUCAGUAGAUGUUCAUGUGAGUCGAAACAAGACGCAAUGGCUGAGCAGACAUCUUCAACAGGCACACAUCCAUCAUGAGGUGCUUAUUUCCAAUCUCCAAACAUUAAUCGAGAAACAGACUGGAUAUCGUUCUUCUAGGAAGCGCAGAUCAGAAUUCCAGUAUGACUAUGAAGUGUACCAUCCUUUGGAAGAGAUCCAGAGUUGGAUGUUUGAGAUGAACAGGACACACCCACAUCUUGUGGACAUGUUUUCUAUUGGGCGUUCCUAUGAGGGACGGCCCCUCUACGUGCUUAAGUUAGGAAAGAGAACACGGCCCUAUAAGAAAGCAGUGUGGAUAGACUGUGGCGUGCAUGCGAGAGAAUGGAUUGGUCCAGCUUUUUGCCAGUGGUUCGUGAAAGAGGCACUGAACUCUUAUCAACAUGACUCAAGCAUGAGGCGGCUCAUGAAUCAACUCAAUUUCUACAUUAUGCCCGUCUUCAAUGUGGACGGUUACCAUUACAGCUGGAAGACAGACAGAUUUUGGCGGAAAACACGGUCAAAGAUUCCAAAAUAUCACUGUAGGGGGGUGGAUGCCAACCGGAACUGGAAAGUCAAAUGGUGUGAUGAGGGGGCAUCCCUACAUCCCUGCGAUGACACAUACUGCGGUCCAUUUCCUGAGUCAGAGCCCGAGGUCAAGUCCGUCGCCAAGUUUCUACGCAAACACAGAAAACGCAUCAAGGCCUACAUCUCGAUUCAUGCUUAUGCUCAGAUGCUUCUUUAUCCAUAUUCCUACAAAUACGCCACUAUACCGAACUUUAACUGCGUGGAAUCAGCUGCCCAGAAUGCAGUGAGUGCUCUGUACUCUGCUUAUGGAGUGAGAUACAGAUAUGGCCCUGCCUCCACCACACUGUAUGUGAGUUCUGGAAGCUCGAUAGACUGGGCCUAUAAGAAUGGAAUACCGUAUGCCUUCGCUUUUGAGUUGCGUGAUACGGGAUUCUACGGCUUCCUUUUACCAGAAACCCUGAUCAAUCCUACUUGCACAGAAACCAUGAGGGCAGUAAAGACCAUCGCUUCAGGCCUGCUGAAGAAAUGUACCAAAUGAACUUAUUUCACUAUUUCUCGCCAUAUGUAAGCUACAAAUGUGCCUAAAAAGGGAACUUUUUUAUUAGAAAAGUUUUAUUUAUAAAGUAGUUUUAUAAAUCUCUACAUUAAAGUACAAAUGGUGUAACUAUUAACAGUGAAGAUGUGUAAGCACUUGAACUAAAUAAUUCUCUUUUUUAGAGGUAAUAUUUUAAAAUAUUGAACACUUGUUGUGUAGACGUAAAUAAUAGAUUCUGUUAUAUCGCAAUGAGUUUAUUAUCAUACAGAUGCUGUGUGAAGUCAAGAGCUAUGCAUUACUGCAGCAAGACAGCUUUGAUCUUACAUUGAAAUUAUAUUGCAUCAAAUGAAAUCUCAAGAGGCAGAAUAUGCUAUAUGAACUUGCAUAUGCUUUUUUCCCUGAAAAAUUGUCCAAUUUGCUUUACUUUGCUUAUUUAACUGUGUUAGGAAAAUAAAUGUUUACAUUUAUUGAAUGUUUAUAUUAUGUUUUACAAUUCAGUUCGACGUAAUGUAUAUUUGUUUUAUUUAGCCAGUAUUUAUAUGCAAAAAAACAUCCAUUGUUAUAUAAAAACGGCUUUCUACGAUUGGGAUUUUGUGUCCUUGUACACAUACUUUUCUAUCUUACUGUAAAUCAGGAGGAACAUUAUUAAAAGUGGGUUAUUGUAAUGUCAUAGGUAAAUGUGAUACAAUGAAAUGUGCAUAACAUGUUUGUUAUAUAACAACUGUGGUAGGCUAUAUAUAAUAUACCAUUAAAUAUAGCCCCUAAAUCAGGAUUCAGGGGGAUUUUAGAAAGUGACCCUCCAGAAUUAGCAAUUUGCAAUUGUUUGUCUGAUUUUUUAUUGGGGUCCACUGCAAUUGUUGAUAAGCUGCAUUAAAACACUGUCC